CAUAUAGGCUCCUUGGAACAACCAACGACCGAACCCCAACGAAAAAUCACCCCUCCUCCUCCUCCUCCCCCUUACCCGAAGCGGCGGCCUCCGAUCUCCAUUCUCCAAUUGCGCCGCCGCUCCUCGCUCAUCCCUCCCGCGCCCCUUUCCCGGCCUCUCUGGCGGGGAAGGCUCCGUGCUUCUUGGUUUUCCGGCGGAGAGAUCCCACCUUUCUUGCCCCCGGUCUGCAAGAUCACGGUAUUACGGCCAGGAAAGUGCCCCCCGAGGAACACUCCGCGAUCUCGGGUGGCUGCCUCGCGGUCGAUGCGAUCUCUUGACGCUGCGGUGUCGGCGAGGUCGGAUCAGCACAACAGCAAGAAGCCGCGCCUCGAGGUCGAGACCGAGAUGCCCCUCGCCGACUCCUUCGUCGCCGGCAGCAGCGGCGUUUGCGGGGGCAACGAGGAAUCCGGUGGGUGUCUCAGCAUGCGCGUGGAGGAUAUCGUGCAGCACCCGCUGCCUGGCUACGGGGCGCCAGUGGCGCUCAGCUUUAGCCCCGAUGACCGACGGGUGGCGUUCUUGUACAGCCCCGAUGGCACGCUCCACCGCAAGGUUUUCACCUUGGACCCCGGGCAGCGCCGCCAGGAGCUGCUCUUCGCCCCACCGGAUGGUGGCGGGCUCGAGGAGGGCAACCUAUCCGCGGAGGAGCGGCUGCGGCGCGAGCGUUCCCGGGAGCGCGGCCUUGGGGUCACGAGGUACGAGUGGCGUGCCCGUCGGUCCGGUGCCCCCUCUUCUCGUGCUGGCAUUGUCGUCCCUCUCCCCUCCGGGGUUUACUUCCAGGAUUUAUCUGGCUCGGAACCAGUACUCAAGCUGCAAAGUACUCCCACAUCCCCAAUCAUCGAUCCACACCUAUCUCCAGAUGGGAGCAUGAUUGCAUAUGUCAGGGAUGAUGAACUGCAUAACUUGGGUUUUGCUGAUGGGGAAACUAGGCAAUUGACAUAUGGUGCAAGAGAAAGCGGGAAGAUACAUGGACUUGCUGAGUAUAUUGCACAGGAAGAGAUGGAAAGGAAGAUGGGAUUCUGGUGGUCUCCUGAUAGCAAACACCUUGCAUUUACUGAAGUUGAUUCCUCUGACAUCCCACUAUAUCGAAUCAUGCAUCAGGGCAAAAGUUGUGUUGGUCCAGAUGCUCAAGAAGACCAUGCCUACCCAUUUGCUGGAGCAGCUAAUGUUAAACUGCGACUUGGAGUUGUUCCUUCCCAUGGAGGAGAGGUAACUUGGAUGGAUCUCCUUUGUGGAGAACCACUUGGAACCCAUGGUGAUGAAGAAUAUCUAGCUAGAGUCAAUUGGAUGCAUCAUAAUGCUCUCGCGGUUCAAGUUCUCAACAGAGCACACACAAAACUUAAGCUACUUAAGUUCGAUAUUACCACGGGUAAAAGAGAAGUCUUACUAGAAGAAGAGCAUGAUAUAUGGAUAACAUUAAAUGAUUGUUUUACUCCUCUAGACAAAGGAGUGAAUAGUAAAUAUCCAGGUGGUUUUAUUUGGGCCAGUGAGAAGACUGGAUUUAGGCACCUGUAUAUUCAUGACAAGAAUGGUGAGUGCUUAGGGCCUGUCACACAAGGUGAUUGGAUGGUCGACCAAAUUGCUGGUGUGAACGAGAGUUCUGGACUUAUCUAUUUUACUGGAACACUGGACGGACCACUGGAGACAAAUCUGUACUGCACCAACCUCUUUCCUGAUUGGAGCCUGCCAUUACAAGCCCCUAAGAGGUUGACUCAGGGCACUGGACGGCAUUCAGUAAUUCUUGAUCAUCAGUUGCUAAGGUUUAUUGAUGUGUAUGACUCAAUAAAAUCACCACCUGUGAUCCUGCUGUGUUCUUUGCUGGAUGGAAGUGUAGUAAUGCCUCUAUAUGAACAGCCACUAACAGUUGAGCCACUUAAAAAGUUUCAGCAGCUGUCUCCAGAGAUGGUCCAGUUUUCAGGGAAGGAUGGGACCUCUUUCUAUGGGACUCUCUAUCUUCCUGACGAGAAUAAAUAUGGACCGCCUCCCUAUAAAACGUUAAUUAACGUUUAUGGUGGUCCUAGCGUUCAGCUUGUUAGUGAUUCAUGGAUCAGUACAGUUGACAUGAGAGCUCAGUAUUUGCGAAGUAAGGGAAUAUUAGUCUGGAAGAUGGACAACCGAGGAUCUGCAAGGCGGGGUUUACAUUUUGAGGGACAGCUGAAGUACAACAUUGGUCGUGUCGAUGCUGAAGAUCAGCUAGCAGGUGCUGAGUGGUUAAUAGAGCAAGGCCUAGCAAAGGCUGGGCAUAUUGGUCUGUAUGGCUGGAGCUACGGUGGCUUUCUGUCAGCAAUGUGCCUCGCGAGGUUUCCCGACACAUUCUGCUGUGCAGUGUCUGGUGCCCCGGUGACCGCAUGGGAUGGGUAUGAUACCUUUUACACAGAGAAGUACAUGGGAUUGCCCUCGGAGCACAGAGAUGCUUACGAGUAUGGGUCGAUCAUGCACCACGUGAAUAAUCUGAGGGGGAAGCUGCUCCUCAUCCAUGGGAUGAUUGACGAGAAUGUGCAUUUUAGGCACACCGCGAGGCUCAUCAACUCGCUGAUGGCGGAACGCAAGCCCUAUGAGAUCCUCCUCUUCCCUGAUGAGAGGCACAUGCCACGCCAGCUAGACGAUCGGAUCUAUAUGGAGGAGAGGAUCUGGGAUUUUGUAGAGAGAAGCCUGUGAAACUGGGCAAAAUGCAUUGUAUAAAUCUGCCGUUGCCCUGUGUAACUUCAGCCUGGAUAGUCGGCAUGAUAUCUUAGUUUAUUUGAUCUUUGGUCAUCUGUAUUUUUCCGGACGUGCAUGAUUCUUUUCCCAGAUAAUGCGGCAGUAGCCUGGCUGAACAGUGAGGUUUCGAAAUAAUCCAAAAUAUGCAUUUGAUGUUGGAUCCUCGUCA